AGUGUUUCAGUGAUAGUAUAUCCUGUGGAACAGUGUCAACAGCAGUCACAAUGAAACAAUCAAAAUCAAACGUUCAAUUGGUGUACCUGAUGGGCACGACCAUGUUGGUACUGUGUUUAGUGCCAAUAAUCGAUGGUCUUCAAGAUCGGCGUGUUUGCGAUGUGGAUGGAUUGUGCAAUGGCAACGAAGACGAAAGUCGUUUCUAUUCGGAUAAACGAGUAGACCGUUUGGAUCAAGACCAGGAGCAACGUCUCCUCCUGUUUAAUCGAGCUGAACGCCGAUUUGAUCGACAUGACCUGGAGCGUGCUGACGAACGGCGAUUUGAUACACGUGAUGAGCGUUUGUCACGAUAUGAGCGAUUGUCCGAUAAGCGUACUGAAACCGAUCAGCAUCGAAACGACAGGCAAUCUGAAAAUGCCGGUGAAAGAUUUGUAGCUCAUCGUGAAAGUGAAACCGAUCGCAACUCUGAGGAAAGAUCUGAUGAAAAUCGUGCUCGCGAAGAAAGGAUGCGUGAGCGUUUCGAUACACGUUUCGAAGAUCGUAGGGUGAAUGAUGAACGGUAUCAAUCACGAAAUGAUGAUCGACGAGUACGCCAAGAGCGAUUUGAUGUGCGUCGUGAACGAGAUGCGCAAGAGGAGGUACGUGAUGAAAGAAAAGAUCGACUGAACCAUGACUUAGAGAGACGCGAACGAAGUGAAUCGAGAGAACGAAUUGAAGGAAGGUUAGAAGAACGUCGUGAACGCGUUGAUCAAGUAAACGACCGUCUAGAAAGGAAUGAGCGUAUGGCUCGUGAAACAACGAGAGAUGGUAAGAGAGAAACACGGGAGCGCAUUGGAGAUGGUAUAAUCCGUGAAGAUGCAGCAGAUGUUGAAGAACGGCGAGUUCGUGAACAAACACGAGAUGUCGACGAUCGUGAAGAUAGUAGAAUGGCACGCACGGAUGACCGAAGGGAACAGAGCGAUAGACGCAAUAGGCAAGAAAACUCACGUAUUGACGGCAGGGAACGUCACAUGUCUGACCGCCGUGAAAGAAUUAUGGAGGAUGUACGUCUUGAACGUCAAGAGCGCUUGGAUCAAGGACGAAUGGAUCGCGAUGUCCGGAAGUUGGUUGACGGUCGUCUUGGAGAAGACCGUAUUCGUGUCGAUCGUUUUGUUGCCAAUGAAAUGCCCACAAAGGAUAACAAUUCAACGCCUUUCUUAUGGAACAUAGUACAAGGAGCUUUAAUUGCCUUUAUUGGAGUUCAACUCAUGAAGAAAAGUGAAUUGAACGGUGACUGGAAACCGUCUAAAUUUACACAGCUUCUGAAGCUCCGUGACUCCAGCAUUGAUUGUAACUAAAACAAAAUAUUAAACUGAUACGAUCCUAGGGAAAUGACUUCGCUAUCGAAUAACUGGACUAAUCUAUUCAGAAUAUGUACAUCCAUAGAUAACGUUUAUUGGUCAGUAUAAUCUAUAUUCAUAUGACAGUAGACAAUAGAAAAGGCGAGGAUUAUACAGAGGCUGAC